AUGCGAGUAAUGCGAGUGCGAGAAGGAGCGAGAAUUGCGAGAAUCGUCUCGCAAAUCGGAACACUAGUAAAUUCUGAGGAAAACGAGAAAAGCUUGAGUUGCUAUCUCCACAACGAAUUGACAGAGGAAGACAUUGAUUCUCAAUUAGUGCAUCUCUUCAAUUAUCUAUCGGAUCUUUUCAAUAAUAAGACUGUCGCCGUAUGGAUUCUACCAUCCCAGAUCGCAACGUCUCCUUUUCUUAUUUCGAAUCUCCAGUUUGAAAGUUGCCAACUUUUAAAAAUUAUUUAUGGCGGUUCGUUCAUUUUAUCAAACGAGGAUGUGUCACGACUACUGGAAAUUUGGAAGCCAACGAUUGCGAUCACAAUAAAAUGUCGAGUUAAGGAAAACUUUGGUCCGAGAAGUAUUCUGAAUCUCCCGCAGCUCUAUAUCUUCGAUGCUCGAUGGCUCACUUUCGAUGAUCUACUGAAUAUGGAAUGUGAGACGGCCUUUUUAAGAUACCAUUCAUUCACAGAGGAAGACGUCAAAAAGUUUAUAAACCAUUGGAUGGCUGGGAGUAAUCCAAAACUGAUGCAUCUUAGGCUGAGAGGUUUUAAAUUGGAGCCGAAUUGGGAGUACAUUCUGGAAGGGAUAGAAUAUGGAGUAUGGGAUGAGAAAGAAAAGAAGAAACGACCGAGGAAGUUCAAAGACCAUCAUAUAUACGAUAUUGAAGAAAUCGACUGCAAGAAUGGUCUGGAUUUCGAGAGAAAGAGUGAUGGAAUGAUUGGGACAGUCAUGCAUCAAUCUGACCAGAUCGAUUUCUUUGUGUGGCACGAUAUUCAAUUCUGA